AUGGAUAGUAAACCUCCCAGCACCAAUGGGGAGAAGAGGAAGAGCCCCUGUGAAUGCAACGAUGAAAAUGAUGAGAUUCAGGAGACACCAAACAGGGACUCGGCCCCCGAACCGACUUUGAAAAAGAUGAAAACAUCUGAAUACUCAACACUAUUAGUGGUUCGCUACAGGAAGGUUAAGAAAAUAUAUUCAAAUCAGCUGGAGAAGGAUCACUCCCCAGAGCACUCCAUCAAUCCAGUCCAAGAGGAAGAGGAUGAAGUCCUAGAAAUAUCGGCUGAAACAUCUGCCAAGGAGGAAGAAGACCCACCAGUGGACGAAGAAGACCCAUAA